AUGCCUAUUGAACAGAUGGCGCCGGAACUGGAGCACAUCAUUGACCUGGACGCCGAGAUUAAGGAACUGGGCAGCGGCUACGGCGGCGCCAACGGACCGGCCGAGGGCCCCCUGUGGUGGCACGACGGCAACUACCUGCUCUUCAGCGACAUUCACAAUGACCGCCGGAUGAAGUGGGCCGAAGGCGAGGGUGCCACCGUUUUUUCGGAGCCCACCAACCGGGCCAACGGUCUCACCCGCGACCUGCAGGGCCACCUGCUGGCCGCCGAGCAUGACGGCCGCCGGGUCUCCCGCCUGAGCGGGGACGGCCAGCGCAUCACCGUUGUCGCCAACAGCUUCCAGGGACGCCAGCUCAACCGGCCCAACGACGUCAUCGUCAAGUCUGAUGGCAGUAUCUACUUCACCGACCCCUGGACCUUCCCCCGGGUGGCCAACCAGUGGGAGCAGACCAUCUCCGGCGUUUACCGGGUCUCACCCGACCUGGGGACGCUGACCCUCCUGGUGGCCGACUUCACCCUGCCCAACGGUCUGGCAUUUUCCCCCGACGAAAGCAUCCUGUACGUCAACGACUCGCGGCGGGGGCAUAUCCGGGCCUUUGACGUGCUGCCCACCGGCGGCGUAGCCCUGUCGUCGGACCGGGUAUUCGCCGCACUGAGGGGCGAGCGGCCCGGCGUACCCGACGGAAUGAAGGUGGACGUGGAAGGCAACGUCUAUUGCGGUGGUUCCGGCGGCCUGUGGAUUCUCGACUCGUCCGGCAAACAUUUGGGCACCAUCGUACACGGUCAGGAAGCCACCACCAACCUGUGCAUGGGCGGGUCUGACUGGAAGACCCUCUUCUUCACCACCCGCAACACCCUGGGCAGCGUGCAGAUAAAAGUGGCGGGGAUUCCGGCGCCGACGGACCGGUAA